CGCAUGCGCAUCCGGGUGGUUUGUUCUAAAUGGAGGCUGUUUGAAAUGUCGUCUGGUGUUUUAUUUAUUAUUUACCAGCUAGUUACGUUUGUAAAGACCGGUCACUAUGGACUGUAGAAUUGAUGGUGCAGAGGAAGUGGAUACUGAGAGAUCCUCAUCUCCAGCUGGAGUACAGUCUCCUGUAAUGGACCGUAACCCGUCACCACCCCCAGACACAGCCGAUGGAGAGGAGGACGGUGAUUUGGACGCCAUUGGAGACACUGUUUACAGCAAGCACUGGCUUUUCAGCACCCUGACUCGUCUCAUUCAUAUGGUCACAGAGCAUUCAGAGGUGGACUCUGAAGGUCAGAUGCAGCUCCCUGAGGAAGAUGAGGAAGAUCUAUGUAGAGUCUGGGAUAUGGCAAUGGAUAAGGACGUGGCUGGUUUCCUGCAGGAAUUCAAAGCUACAGAUAUCCUUCUUGGGGUGAUAGCCAAAUCUCGUUGUCCACGCCUCACAGAAAUUUGUGUGGGAAUCCUUGGGAACAUUGCUUGUUUUCCUGACACUUGUCUGACUCUCAGUCAAAAUGAAGACUUGGGUGCUGUGCUGUUGCUUCUUCUUGGAGAUACAGAUCCUCCGACCCUUCUGGAAACAAGCAGAUUGCUGAUGACCUGUGUCUCUCAGAAAGAUGUCUGUUCCCUGUGGCUUCAGCGAAUAGGACAGCUGACGUCUGUGCGCACCAACCUCUGUUUCAUCAUGUGCAGUUCUACCAACACUGACCUGCUUGAGAAGGUCGGAGAACUGGUCGACAAACUGUUUGACCUUGACGAAGAGCUGAUGAAGAGUUGGAUCACAGCUCAGCCGAGUGAGGAGGAGGAUGAUGGUGAAAGCCGUCUGGAUGUGGCCUCAUGUCUGCUUGAGGCUGCCAAGCAGCUUAGAUCAGAGUGUCCAAGUGGCUUAGAGGUUUACCUUCACGCCCUCCAACUCCUCACCACCAUAGAUGAAGGCAUGCAGACUUUUGCUGCCUCUGAUGGACCAGGCAAAGCAGUGUGGGACUUUGUUAGUGACGUUGUGUGCGAGGACCUCUGCCAGCCAAAUGAUCUUCCAGUUGUCCUGCUAGAGCAGAAGAGCAUUUUGGUUCAGGCAUUUGCUGUGCUGCAGGCUCUUUAUGGAUGUCAAGAGCAGUGGUGCAGCAGAAGUGACAUCGGUCUUCCCCUGAUUGGAACCAUUUUGCGGGUUCUUCAGUACCACAGUGAGAGCAAACAGGAAGGUACCAGCAAAGUAGACACAAAAGAUGAAGAGCUUGAGGCUCUAGCAGAGAUCACAGCUGAGUUUCUAGCUGACAUCUGCAUGCAGAUUCCCAAGGGCACUGUGGCAGAUUUGGUGAAGAAAGGUUAUCUUACAGAGAAGACUUCUCUCACAGCUGCAGGACGUUUAGUUACCAACUUUAAAACUUCUUUUCAGCACCUGCAGUCCAUGCUGUCAGAGACUGAUCCCCAAAUGGCAGACAUGGUGAGGAAACAGUUUCCUGUCUGAGGCGCCCAGCAGAUCAGUGUUCAGCACUCAUCCAGACUCUCACCACUGCUUUUUAUAGUGGCCUCUAUUUCCCCUCCAAAGAUCCUGCUUCAGGUCAUACUAUUUGGAUUUCCACUGGAAAGAACGAGGAUGUCACACCAUCAUGAGUGUGACAAAGACUGGAUAAUUCUGUUCAUAUUUUCAACCAAACUUGAGGAAAUUCUGCAGACUUCAAUUGUGUUUGUUUUUAGUUUUUUUUAUUGUUCUGUGAAUGCUAUUUUUGUAUUAAUAAUAAACAGUCUUUUAUUAAAAAGA